UAGCAGGGCGGAGACUUAAACUGUUGUGGAGAAACAGUAAGAGGGAGGAGUGUGUAUGUGGGGAACCAGAAAAAAGUGGGAGGAGAAAGAGUGAUAGAGGAAGAGAAAAUCUUCGUCCUGCUGUCAGAGAGUGUAAAGACUUCUGCGAUCGCGUGCAAUAGCGUGAUGACUGAGAGUGUGAGAGCACGCAGUGUGUCAGGGGGUCCUGAGGGGCCGUACCGGGCUGUGCAGUCCGUGGACGGUCUGGUACAGCAGGAGUUUGAGGGCGUGGACACAUUGGAUAAACUGUUCCGUUACGCAGUGGGCGGAUUCACACACUCACCCUGCAUAGGGAGCAGGGAAGUGCUGUCGCAGGAAAAUGAGACGCAGCCCGACGGCAAAGUCUUCCAGAAGCUGGUCCUGGGUCAGUAUAAGUGGAAGUCGUAUGAGGAAGUGGAUCAUCAAGUGAACUUCCUGGGAAGCGGCCUGUCUGCUUUGGGUCAAAGGUCACGCAGCUCCAUCACCAUCUUCUGUGAGACUAGAGAGGAGUGGAUGAUCGCAGCACAGGCCUGCUUCAGAUUCAACUACCCCUUGGUGACACUCUAUGCUACACUUGGUGAAGAUGCUGUAGCAUUUGGUUUGAACCAGUGCGGAGCCACGCACCUCAUCACUAGCAAGGAACUGCUAGAAACCAAGCUGAAGGUACAAACACACACACACACACACACACACACACACACACACACACACUGUACUUGUGUUUUCCAGGCGGUGUUGCCAGAUGUUGUGGGUCUGAAGCAUGUGAUCUAUGCGGGCAGUGGGAGUGUGUCUGUGGAAAAUUACCCACAAUCUCUCAGCAUCCACAGCUUACAGGAAGUGAUGGAGCUCGGAGCCAAACCUGAGAACUUGAGUGUGCAGUGUGAUGCUCCUUCUCCGUCUGAUCUUGCUGUAGUGAUGUACACUAGCGGUUCAACGGGUCGUCCUAAAGGAGUGAUGAUGCACCACAGUAACCUCAUCGCAGGAAUGGCUGGCCAAUGCCAGAGAAUUCCGGGUCUCGGGCCUGAGGACACGUAUGUUGGUUAUCUUCCAUUGGCUCAUGUUCUGGAGCUGACAGCCGAAAUGUCCUGUCUGAGUCACGGCUGCCGGAUCGGAUACUCGUCACCACACACACUCUCAGACCAGUCCAGUAAAAUAAAGCGAGGCUGUAAGGGAGACUGCACUGUGCUCAAACCCACUCUGAUCGCUGCUGUCCCAGAGAUUAUGGAUCGUAUCUAUAAAAAUGUGAUGAGUAAGGUAGCAGAGAUGAGCACACUACAGAGGAUGUUGUUCAAUAUGGCCUACAAAUACAAAGUGCAGCAGCUGGAACGUGGAGCAGAUACACCCAUAUGUAACACGGUGGUGUUUAAGCGUGUAUCCAUGUUGCUGGGGGGGUGUGUGAGGUUGAUGCUCAGUGGUGGAGCUCCUCUCUCUCCUGACACACACCGCUUCAUAAAAGUGUGUUUCUGCCCCGUUGGCAUCGGUUACGGCCUCACGGAGACCUGCGGGGCAGCGACCAUCUCAGAGUUUUCUGAUUAUACCACAGGACGGGUCGGGGCACCUCUCAUCUGCUCCGAACUCAAACUGCGAGACUGGCCUGAGGGAGGAUACACCAGUCAGGACAAGCCCCACCCCCGAGGGGAGAUCCUGAUAGGUGGGCCGAACGUUGCCAUGGGUUACUACGGGAGUGAGGCUGAGAGUGGGGAAUUUUGGGUAGACGAGGCGGGGAAGCGCUGGUUCUGUACCGGUGACGUUGGGGAGAUGCAUCCUGACGGCUGCCUGCAAAUAGUCGACCGUAAGAAGGACUUGGUGAAGCUGCAGGCGGGUGAAUACGUGUCUCUGGCAAAGGUGGAAGCGGCACUGAAGAACUGUCCGCUAAUUGACAACAUCUGUGUCUACGCUAACAGCAAUCAGAACUAUGUCAUCAGCUUUGUGGUGCCCAAUCAGAAGCAGCUGACUGAACUGGCCAAAAGACAUGGGAUUGAGGGCAAGUGGGAGGAGAUCUGUAAUCAUGCCACUCUGGAACAGGAAGUUCUAAAAACUAUUAAAGAGGUUGCAACAUCAAAUAAGCUGCAGAGGUUCGAGGUUCCCAUGAAGGUGCGUCUCAGUUCUCAGGUCUGGACUCCAGAGACAGGACUGGUUACUGAUGCCUUUAAACUGAAGAGAAAAGAAUUACAGACACACUACAAACAUGACAUCGAGAGGAUGUAUGGAGCCAAAUAAUCCACACGCACACACACACACACACACGCACACACACACACACAUACACACACGUACACGCGCACGCGCACACAAUGGAUAUAGGUACUUUUAAGCAGAGAUGAUGUGCUGCCCCCUGUUGGAUCCACAAACUUAAACCUCCAUAUUAAGAUUCUAGAUUGGGACGAAGACUAAACUCUAGCUCUCAGUGUUUAUCAACACAAACAGGGAGAAUUUAUGUUUUUGUAAAACAUUACAAACAAAAAAACAUUUCAUAUAAAGAAAAGUCACAAUACAUUUAAUUUUGUUGGUUAUCAUUUUUAAUAAAGUCUGGAGGAGACUAAUUUCUGCUGGAGUGAGGGACUCAGUACUGCGCACAGUGUCCAUGGCACUAAUAUCAACAUGAUGGUUUACUAUUCCUGAAUGACAUUUCUGACAUUUAGUAGAUAAUUUUAUUUUCCUACAUGCUUAUAUUUAUAUAGAGAUAGCGGUGUGUGUGUGUGUGUGUGUGUGUGUGUGUGUGGGUUGGGUGGGUGUAUGAGUGUGUUCUGGACCAACUGGAAAUAAUGGAGGUUCAUGUGCUUUAAAUCUGUGUUAAUAAAUUCAACCCAAAUGCCCACAUGUACAAAAUGAGAAUGAGCUUUAAAGAUGAGUUUAAACGGUUAAAUAAAAAUAUUUGUGUCUCUUCACAGUUUCAUGCUUUCGUCCAGUUUCUGUUACUGUACUAAGAUUGCUAACUCAAUCUGUUAGCCUGCCUGUUAGCCACAUUAGCAAUAUCAGUUGGAUUAGCUUGUGCUAAUGUUCGCUCUGAUGUAGUUUUAUAAGCAGAGUCUGUUUUUAAUGGAUCUUAUGUUUAUUUUGAUAAAGAUUACAUUUUUAUUAUGUCUGAAUCAGGUUUUGUUUCAUUUCACCUUGUUUUAAAAUGUGUGCACUUUUGUUAAACAGUGAAUUUUAUAAAUAAUAAAGACCAAAGACUUUGCUACAAAUA